CGUAACAGUGACGUAGGCGGGGCCCAACGCAGCGUGGCUGGAGCGCUUCACAUAAAGACGCCACCGGUUGACCUUGCGGCGGAGCGGCGCGGUCCAUAAACAAGCCCUUCCGGAGAAAACAUGGCCAGUCUACCCGCUAUUCCGCAGCUGCCCGUGCCUCCGAUGCCCCCGAUGCCCGCACUGCCCAGCUCGGGGCUCCGGUUAUCGAAAGAGCAUUUGUUGGUGGCUGUGCCAGUGGCAGUGGUUGCAGCUGUCGGAGGCUUCCUGGUCAGCCAUUACCUGAGCGGGCGGAGCUGCAAGAAGGGCCAGGUGAACACGUCCAUCAGCAAAGACAGUCCCAAGGUGGUCCACAGCUUCGACAUGGAGGACAUCGGCACCAAGGCCGUGUACUGCCGCUGCUGGAAGUCAAAGAAGUUCCCGUACUGCGACGGAGCUCACACCAAACACAACGAGGAGACCGGGGACAACGUCGGACCACUCAUCAUCAAAAAGAGGGACGCUUAAAAGCCAACCGAUCACAGAACGUCAUCCUCCCUCAACUUGUCGUGACCCUAAACCACUGCCCUAGUUAAUCGUGUACUAUCAUCUUCAACAGUGUCACACAGAUGAUUAUGAUACUACGCUGGUGCGCGAUACUUUUCAUAGCCCAGAAUAAAGAUGUGGAAAGUGAUGAAAAUAUUAUGAGUUUUGAUUUCAGUCAUUCGACCCUGUUGCUGCCUUUUAAAAUGACAUGGAAACCAGAGGUCAUUUGAGGAGAGAUUAGAAAGGGACUUGGACAAUCAAACAUGGAGGCGCUGUGCCUGCCAAGUUGCAUUUUGAUGUAUUUAACAUGAAGGAUUGUGGUCAAAAUUGUCACCACACUUGAUAUUAGCGAAAUAUUUCACAGCUCGGGCGUCGUAUCCCCACGCCUGGUGUCACCUGUGUGUCCCCUUCCUAUCGACUCCUCCGGGUGGAGCAGGUGGUCCAAACUGAAUGAGCUGGCCGCUCUCUGCCUCAGUCAGUCCAGUAUUUAAAUCAAAUUCAUCGCAGGCCUUAUAACUGAAUCUGAACACACAACCCACAUUAAUGUUACUCGUUUUUAAUUUAUUUUAUUUUUUUGCUUCCAAUAAUCAGAGGAUAAUCUUCUGUUUCUGUUUCCUCUGCACUGGUCAGAGGAAGCAGAAGUUUAGUUCCGUCUUGAAUUAAAUACUAAUCUCCGGUCUUUGGAGCUGUUGAAACACUGUCGGCUGUUUGUAACUGGUAACUUGUCUGCUUUCUGGGGAAUUUAGUCUGUAAAUUGUUAAACGGCAAGAAGAAGAAGAAAAUGCUUGUAAAGGAUAUAUUUUGCUAUUUCAUCCGAUUAAUUUUCUACUGGCUGCUGUGUCUGACUUGAUGAUUUGUUGCUCUGUAUAUUGUGAAUAAAACUUGGUGAGUGAUCUGA